UUAUGGCCACUCAACCUCUCCUUGAAACAUUGCCAAAAGAUUUCCAUAAAAUGCCACCCAAUUAUGAUUUCUCCAAUAAAGGUUAAAUACAUAUAUUUAUAACAUAUUAAAGGAGUUAAUUGGAGAGAUUAUGAGAAAGACUUUAUCUUGAGAACAGAUGCAGUCUGGGAAAAAGAGUAAUUAAAGGAUUGGUUUAGAUUAUAUACUAAGGUACUAUUCAAUUGAGAAUUAGUGUUUUUAUUUUGAUACUACAGCAAAUAAAUACUCUUUGAUGGAACCUGAUGAUGUUUACACUAUAUUAUUUGAAGGAUGUAAAAACUUGAAAUGAUAAUUUUUAUAUAGGGGCACUUGAAGAUUGUCUAUUCCCAUUCAGAGGUACUACUCCAACUGGUAGAACAAACUGUUUCUAAGUUGGAUUACCACCAAAACAAAAAGUGUAUGUGCCAUAUCCAACAUAUUAAUCACAAUAAGAUUAUUUCACUUUAUGUGCUCUUAGAUUUUAGAAAUGGUUUGAUUGCGAUUAAGCUGAGCAUUUCAAAAUGGAUAAAACAGAAGCAGAUUAUCUUAAGAGAGCUAAAGUUUAUCCUUGUUAUGCAAUGUUUUAUGAAGCUGCAUAUGCUUGCACUGUAUUGAAAUACUAAUUAAACUUUUUAGGAUGAUAUGUUUGAUUUCCUUAUGGAAUUAGCAUAUACAAGAAGAUCAAAUAGAACAUUUGAAUAUAAUCACUUCCAACAUGAAAUGCGUAGACCCCCCACAAUUUAUGACUCUCCUAAAAAUGCUGAAAGAGUUAAAAAGACAUAUUGAU